AUGGUGAACCUGUACCCCGUUCGUGAGAUCGAUUACAACUGCCGCGCGCCCGUCUGGGUGUUCAAGGAUGCACGGAAGAACAUCUUCCUGUCUCCCCAGAAGGAGCUGAGCAAGAACAUGAUCAUCCGUUACAAGACCGGUCGAAGGGCCGAGCGUGCUGUUCUCAAGAGCCUCUUAAGGUCCAUACGGGCCGCAAAGCGCAUCUAUACCGACGCCCACGCCCUCAGCAUCUUCUCCACCAUCUUUUGUUGCCGUGGUGAGCGCCUCUGGAUCAUCGGUGCUACCAGGACCGCUCCCAUCAACUUGCGCGUCGUCAGUCUCGACACCCAGCGGUCCUUCCGUAUCCUGAUGAGUGCAGUCUGCUUCGUGCCCCAGCUCAAGAUCGUCGACGAGUCUGGAACGGCGCAUUACAUCACCCCUGUUGCCGAGAACUGGUUCGCCCAGUGGCCUGUGGGGCGACCCGACCUCGUGGUGCGCAGAGAUGGCCCCUUGCCGGAUGAACCCACCCUCACAGCUGCCGUUCGCAAGCAAUCCUUCCGGAAUGAGUGGGCUCUCUAUAAAGGCUUUAACACUGGGGGUCAGCUGUGUGCCAGCGCCCAGGAAUGGGAGAACAAGAUGGAGGAGGACGGUUUAAAGUAUCUGCAAGAGUUUGCUGACACGCCGGAUAUGGGAGAGGAGUUGAUCGCCCCCAUCGAGCUUCCCAUGCGCCCUGCGCCCUGA